AACUGGCGGAAGCUAUCUUUACAGUAUGGCGUCCGAAGCUGACGGGCUGCUCAAACGGCUACUGGUGCCGAUUCUUUUACCUGAGAAAUGCUACGACCAAAUUUUCCUCCAGUGGGAUUUGCUUCAUGUCCCCUGCCUGAAGAUUCUCCUCAGCAAAGGCCUGGGGCUGGGCAUUGUAGCUGGGUCACUUCUGGUAAAAAUGCCCCAGGUGUUUAAAAUCCUUGGAGCCAAGAGUGCUGAAGGGCUGAGCCUCCAGUCAGUAAUGCUGGAACUAGUGGCAUUGACUGGGACUAUGGUCUACAGCAUUGUUAACAACUUCCCCUUCAGCUCUUGGGGUGAAGCUCUAUUCCUGAUGCUCCAGACAAUCACCAUCUGCUUCCUGGUCCUGCAUUACAGAGGACAAACUGUGAAAGGUGUGGCUUUCCUAGCAGGUUAUGCCCUGGUCCUGCUGGUGCUGCUUUCACCACUGACACCCCUGGCUGUAAUCACCCUACUCCAGGCCUCCAAUAUGCCUUCUGUGGUGGUGGGGAAGCUGCUCCAGGCAGCCACCAACUACCGCAAUGGGCACACAGGCCAGCUGUCAGCCAUCACAGUCUUUUUGCUCUUUGGGGGCUCCCUUGCCCGAAUCUUCACCUCCAUUCAGGAAACUGGAGAUCCCCUCAUGGCUGGAACCUUUGUGGUCUCUUCCCUCUGUAACGGCCUCAUUGCUGCCCAGCUUCUCUUCUACUGGAACGCAAAGGCUCCUCACAAGAAGAAAAAGGAGUAGUAGGCCUGAGCUGCCUACUGGAGUCCAUUCCAUGUUUCUAUUCGUCCACCUAACCUCAGGGUCCUUCUGAACCAGCCUGCUGGUAUAACUUUUAAUCAUUCUCCAUUCCUCUGCAGAUGCAGCUUCUUGAGCCAGGGUUUGUGUUUCUGUGGAAAGGCAUGGUUGGUAGACCUAAUCCUUAGAAAGGAAUUAGAGAUUUUCAGGCUGUCAUUUGA